AUGAAAUUGGAAAGAUUGGUGCUGCUUAAUACUAGAUCAGAAUCCAAUUAUUAUUAUCAUUUUACUCGUUAUUAUGGUUCUGGAGCUUCUAAUAACAAUAGAGCAGCACAACUUGAACAUUUUGUGAGGGAUGAGUGUAAAUCUGGAAGGAUUAAGAAGCUUGAUGAUGGUUUAAGAUACUUUGAUCAAUUGAUUUUGGAAAGGCCAUUGCCAUCUAACAUUACAUUCUAUCAUUUAUUGGGUUCAUUAUCCAAAAUCAAGUGUUAUUCAGAUGUCAUUAAGUUGUAUAAGAAGAUGAGCUUGGUCGGGGUACGACCCGAUAUUUAUACAUUCACCAUUUUGAUUAAAUGCUUUUGUCAAUUAUGCAAAUUUGAUCGUGGGUUUUGUUUUCUUGGAGAGAUUAUUAAGAGAGGCCAUCAUCCUAAUGUUAUCACUUUCAGUACACUGAUUAAAGGGUUAUGUCAACAAGGAAAAGUUGAUUCUGCAUUCGAAGUGUUUGGUAAAAUGACUCAGGCAGGCAUUCAACCUACUGCAGUUACAUUGGAAAACUUCAAGGUAAAGAAGGUCGGAACUAAGAACAUCGAGAAGAAUUUCAUCCCCAAAUACGAUCCUGCUCCAUCAGUGGACCACUGGAAGAACUUUAGGGAUUAUCUUGUUCCAGUCGAAGAGUUACAAGAUUCGUUUGAUGAGCCAAAUGCCGCUGAAGACAAGGUGAAGGCAAGUGCUAAAUUGUUGAAGAAAUUGAUGGAAAAAAUCCGGAGUGGAGAGCCGAUGGACACUCGAGAACAAACAGACCUCUACAACCAAAUAACUAAUGUGUUUAAUCCCGACCUUGUCGAUACAAGCCAGGUUGAUCCAAGCCAGACCAUGUCGUUGAAAAGGAGUCGCCAACAAGGAGAAGGUUCAAGUCGGAUGGUUCAACAACAAAGCAGUGGAGAUGACACUCCUAGUGACGAAGGACGACCUAAAGCUCCUAAACGAAAGAGUAGGAAAGUUUCUCGAGUAGUCGUGGUAAAUGAGUGA